GCUAGUUAAAGGAAGGAAGGAAAAGGCAAACCAUCAUUACAUACACGCACUCAGUAGGGUAGUGUGGGCGUCUUUUCGAACAAAACCCUUCGUAUUAAAUUCUCCAAUAGCAUGCUUGCAUGUAGUGUCCGCCGACUUUCCAGAAUUCCUGAUACUGGGUAUCAGUCGAAGGCGAUUUUCAGAUGGGCUACUUAUUCCUUUUGGUAUGUUAUCGAUCCGAUUCUUCGUCGUCAUUACUUCUUUUAUCAGCGCAAAGUGCAGCUUGACCGCUGGCUCGAGAAGAACAACUUUUUCACGAAUUGCAUAAUUGGUGUCAUACUAGGUCUUACUUUGUAUUUUGGCACUAUCAAAAAUUUUCUUCCUUCAUUGGAGUGUGACAGAAGGAACACGAUGAGCGAAGAUAUUGAUGAUAUUCUUAGAUUCAUGAACCUUGAUGCAAACAAUUCGAUUCCUGGCUUUCAAGUGAUGCGUGCAAAACGCGAAAUUAUUGGCAGAAUGCAUGAAGCCAUAGAUAGUGCUGAAAUUCAACAACAAAAAGAUGAGGUGGAAAAGAUGAAGCGUCUAUCAAAAGAGUUGCAGACAUAG